ACACAUAGACAUUUGGAGAUUCUGUUUAUAAACGCACAUGUUUUUGGUCACCGGUCAUCAAGCUGUGGCUGUGGUUCUCUUGUCUUGUCUCAAAGCGGGAAACUUACCGCCAAACCCUAAUCUCUCUCUCUCAUCAUAAUCUUUAUUUAUCCUUUUCCUUCAAUAAUAAUCACUUUUUUCCACCUCCUACGCCAAACUCCUUAGGGUUAGGGUUUUCCCCCAAUUGUAAGUAAGAUUCUCCCCUUUUCCCCCUUUCUCUCAUUUUCUUAUUUCAAUUUUCUUUAAAUUGUGUUGUUGAUUAACUCAGGUUUAUAAUUAAUUGAAGAAUAUUGAAGGGGUUUGUGUUCUUUUGUUCAAUUAAGGGUUAAUGUGUUUGGAGUUAUGAUAUUAUUGUAUUUAGCUUGUAUCGGUGCUGGUAAUCGUCUCGUUGUAUUUGAUGAAUCUGAAUUACUCUGUUUAUAAAAUGCCAUUCAAUAAUUACUUUUCGAGUUUUGGAAAAUUUUUGGGGAAAGAAAGGGGAUUUCAGGAUUCUGCUGAAGUUCUCAUUGGACAAGGGAAAUUGUGGUUUGGUAGUUCUAAGUUUUUUCAUUCUGUCAAUAAAUUAAGUUCAGAUUGUGUGGAGGCGACCCUGUUUAUUCGUCCUGGGGUUGCCUUAGCUGAAAGACCUGAAUUUGUUGGUAAAAGGAGAACCUUGUCGGUAGUUGAUACACUAUCUAGAACGUUUUCGGUUCCGUCUGUAUCGGGGUCUUUGAUUCAGGUUUGUGGAUAUCACAUUGAUUGUGCUCUUGCUGGACCGGAUAAGUAUUCGGCUGGUGGAAAAUUUCAGAUUAAAACAAUGGCUGCUCGCUUGCCUGGGUUUGGUGUUGGUGAGUGCUCUUUAGAUAAUUUGACUCUGAAGUGUCGUCGGGGUUUGCUGUCAACGAAGAAUAAUAGCAAUAGUGUUUAUCUGAGAGCUGGUUUGGGAAAUGGUGGAAAAGUGAGCAUGUGUUUGAAUAACCAUCAAAGGCCAGAUAAUGGUGCAAUUUUUGGUUAUUUUGUUUGUAAUGUUGCAAAGAGUUGGGGUAGUUCUUGGCAUCAUACACAAUCAGGACAUAGUGACUACCAUAGUUCGUCGACAUCAUGCAACUCUGUUGGCCCCGCUCAUGAUGUGCCUGUAGACACUUCUGCCCGUGAGGUGAAGCUAACAAAUUCUGCAGAUUCAUCUGAACUGAAAACUCCUUCUGGGAAAACCCUGAAGCUGGUAUCCGGAUCAUGCUACUUGCCUCAUCCUGAUAAAGAAGAAACUGGUGGAGAAGAUGCUCAUUUUAUAUGUUCUGAGGAACAAGCAGUAGGGGUGGCAGAUGGUGUUGGUGGCUGGGCAGAUCUUGGUGUUAAUUCUGGAUUUUACUCUCGCGAACUCAUGUCAAAUUCAGUGGAUGCUAUUCGGGAGGAGCCCAAAGGUUCAGUUGACCCGGCUAGGGUGCUGGAAAAAGCAUACUCAAGUACAAAAGCUAAGGGUUCAUCCACAGCAUGCAUCAUUGCACUAACUGACCAGGGACUUAAUGCUAUUAAUUUGGGAGACAGCGGGUUUAUGGUUAUCCGUGAUGGUUGCACCAUAUUCAGAUCUCCUGUGCAGCAACAUGAUUUCAAUUUCACCUAUCAGUUGGAAUGUAGUAGCAAUAGUGAUUUACCUAGUUCUGGUCAGGUUUUUACAGUUGCUGUUGCUCCUGGCGAUGUCAUAGUUGCUGGUACGGACGGGCUGUUUGAUAACUUGUACAAUAAUGAAAUUACAGCGGUGGUGGUUCACGGCGUAAGAGCUGGCUUAAGUCCUCAGGCUACAGCUCAGAAGAUAGCUGCUUUGGCACGUCAACGGGCACUGGAUAAAAACAGGCAGACUCCUUUCUCAACCGCUGCUCAAGAUGCUGGAUUUCGUUACUAUGGUGGCAAGCUUGAUGAUACAACAGUUGUAGUUUCAUAUAUUACUGGUUCUGGAGAAGCGUAAAUCUGUUUUGCCGUGCCUCAAUUUGUAUAUACACACACAUUUUGUUGAAGUAAUUAAAUUUAUCAGUCGUAUUCUGUUGAGAUGUGUCUUUUGAACUUUAAAUCUUCCCCGGCGAUUUUGUCGUUGGUUGGUUUUUUCCAACCAAAUAGUUGCUAAAAUGUGAAAGUAUGCCUAGUUAGACUUAAAUGUAAUAAUAUUAGGUUGACAAAUGAUGUUGAGUCUAUUGACUUUUGGGUUGAGAUUUUUCUUGACACCAGUGUUGUAAUAAAAUCAAAUAUCCAUUUUUGUCUCAUAA